CUACCUCACUCGUAGGUUCCAGAUGUUGCAGAUUUUCAGCGGUCACCUGCAGGACCUCCUGAAGGACCAGAACGGUCUGAGGCAGAGACUCAUGAGACCGCUGGGUCGCACCAACCUGCCGGUUCAGGCCCACCUGCACAGGUUUGUGGUGGACCUGGUGAAGGUGCUGCUGGACUUCAUAGAGACUCUGGAGGAGAAGCUGAACUCGGUCCGCUGUAGUCCGUCUACUGGAGACCGUCUGGCUCAGCUGAACUCCUCCCUCUCUCAGCUGCUGUCUCACGUCUCUGAGGUUGAGAGUUUGUCUGAUCACGUUCUCCAAAGGAAGAACUACUCAGCAUGACGACCUCCUCAGUUACUAUUGUGUCCAAUAUUAAAGUGUUUUAGUAAUAAAUCUGACUUCAGUAGAAACGUUUCCUGUUAAGUCUGUUUUAGUGUGUGUGCAUGCGUGUGU